UUCCGUUACUUAAUAUCAUUCCUCCUCUCGUCACAACUUUCUCGCCAGCCAAACAACCCGCUUUCUUCACUCAAACGAAAAAGAAAAUCCUUUCAAGAAUCUUGCUCUUUCUCGUACUCCAUUUCUCCUCCACCUAAGCUCAGGUUAGCAAUCCCAAACCACCAUCAAUGGCCGCAACUAACAACUCUACUGACCCCGACCCGACUCGACACGUUGCAGUACUCGCCUUCCCUUUCGGAACCCACGCCGGGCCUCUUCUCAGCCUAGUCCGGGAGCUCUCGACGGCGGCACCGGAUGUGAAAUUCUCGUUCUUGAGCACGUCGCGGUCGAACAAAGCCCUCUUCUCAUCGGAGAGUAGUGAGAGAGCCGAGAUCAAGGUGGUGCCGUUCGACGUCGGCGACGGGACGCGGGAAGGGUCUGCGCCGCCGGGGAACCUGAUUGAGGCGGUGGAUGCGUUCUUGAAUGCGGUGCCGGAGAAUUUUGAGAGGGGAUUGGUGGAGGCGGAGAAGGUGGUUGGGGUGAAGAUUGGGUGUGUGGUGUCGGACGCGUUCUUCUGGUUUGCCGGACAAAUGGCCGGCGAGAGGCGGAUCCCAUGGGUGCCGCUCUGGACGUCGGGGCCAAGGCCACUGCUUUCUAUUAUGUAUAUCGAUGAGAUACGACGACGUUUCGGAGCUCGAGAAAAUAACAAGGACGAAAUCCUAGACUUUCUUCCUGGAUUUUCAUCAUUUCAAAUCACUGACUUAUCAGCCGGAAUAAUCAUUCCGCCAGAAACAUCAGAAUCACCAUUCGAUAUCAUGCUCCACAAGAUGGCACACGCUCUCCCUAAAGCCAACGCAGUUGUCAUCAAUUCCUUCCACCAAAUCGAUUCACAAAUCUCAACUCAUCUCAAAACCCAGUUCAAAAAAUUUCUCAACGUGGGACCCUUCACACUCAUGACAACCUCUCAAAACCCAAAACACAAAUACGACUCGAACGGUUGCCUGGAAUGGUUAUCAGGGCACAACCCAGCAUCGGUUGUCUAUGUUAGCUUCGGCAGCAUGGUGACUCCACAUCCAGAUAAAAUGGCAGUGUUGGCAGAGGCCCUAAAGGCAAGUGGGUUUUCGUUCCUUUGGUCAUAUAGAGGCCAGGAAACACCACUUGUCGAAGAAACCCUAGAAGGAAAAUUGGUCUCUUGGGCACCACAAGUGGAGGUUCUGAAACAUCCGUCGGUGGGGGUUUUUGUGACCCAUUGUGGGUGGAACUCUAUUCUCGAGAGCAUUGUGGGAGGAGUACCUUUGAUUUGUUGUCCCAUUUUUGGAGACCAAAUGACCAAUAGGAGAACGAUUGAACAAGUUUGGGGGAUCGGUGUUGGAGUUGAAGUCGAAGGUGUUAUGUCAAAACAUGGUGUUUUGAAGGCUUUGAGAAGUGUGUUGGUAGAGGAAGAAGGGAAAGGAAUGAGGAGGAGAAUUAGGGCUAUGAAGAAGCUUGCCUUUGAGGCAGUUGAUAGUGUUGAUGGAAGCUCUAGUAAAGAUUUUAAUGAGUUGGUGGAGAUCAUUACUACAGGGUGAUUGAAAGUAGUACGUGUUACAAUUAGAACAUCUGUUUAGUUUUCAAGGAAUAAUGUUAUUAUUAGCAAAAUAUAACCUCUUUAAUUUUAUAUCAAAAUAACAGAAAAGUUAUAUAAAAGUUGCAUAAUCAUGACUCGGGUAAACUUCAAGGUUAUAAUAUUGCAAAUAAUUGUUUUGGAA